UGUACGAAUUAGUCGAGUAACGAGUUGGCUAUGAACGUAUUGUUUACCUUACAGGCUCGGGUACCUGAUAAACUUUAAAAACUUCAUGUCAAGCAAGAACAUGAAGCCCUAUAUAAGUGCAAGGCUCAAUCAGUUAUGGAUCAGAGAGCAUGAGUCUCAGCACCAUCAAGUGACAUUGGAUUGACUAUAUACAGUACUAUAUGGAAAUCACCUUUUGUAUGUAUUAAAGGGAACAUCUAAUGAAGAAUGAGGAUGGAAUCGGUGAACGUUUUGGCCUUCUCCUUGUUACUUUCAGGAGGGCUUCUUUUAGCCAAUGAGUGUCCCAGAGGAGAAAUACAGACCUACUCCCCUAUUUUCUACUUUGGGGAACCCAUCAACCUGACCUGUACCCUCAAGGCCCAGAAGGGUGACAGCUCAAAAGCACUGAGUGAGGGGAGGCUCUAUUUCCUGUCCUCCAAACUGGAGCAGAACAAAGAUGACCGGACCCUCUAUGGACAACCUUUGGGGGACCCCGGUCGAGUGGGGAUCAGAAUACAGGAUAUGGUGAACAGGACAGCCAGCAAAAAGAACAAAUACAUGCACUAUGUCUGUCUGUAUGACCAAGAAUCUCAGGAACGGCCUUGUCUGGUGGACCAAAUCUUUGUAGAAAUUGAAUACAAACCAAGGGCUCCCAAAUCAGGCAGUUGUGUGGUGUAUAACUGGGAGAGAAUGGAGUGUUACUGGGACCUAGUAGUGGAAUACAGACAGCUGCACGGAAUCACUGAUAUCAGUGUGGAGUAUCUCAAUGCUUCACUAGAUUAUAGCUUAACCACUGAGAAAUGGAGUCGCUGUCCUCUGUCAGUAAACGGGACACAAGUUACCUGUGUCAUUAAGGAGGAGAAGAAUUUCCCGCUCUUCAUGGGACACUAUUACUUCCGUCUAAUCGUCAACAACACCAAGACGCUGCACUCAGCAGUAACCCAGACGGAAUUCAUGACCAAUACCCUCGUGAAGCCUGCCAAAGUACAACCAGUUUCUGCCUUAGCCAAUAAAACCUCUAUUCAUUUAAAAUGGAGUGUAGAAAAGCCAUAUCAGCCCCAGUUAUUCAGGAUUCGCUUUGUAACUACUUCCGAUCUCAAGCAAAAUCCUCCAUGGAAGGAAAUUAACACAACUAAAACAGAAGUCAUUUUGAGUGACCUGCUACCAUACAGAGAAUACACUAUUUGGAUAGCUGCCAUUCCAUUGGUCAGAAAUCUGUCCACAGGAUUUUGGUCUGACACAGUGAAGACACAAAACACCACAUUACAAGAUGUACCCAGUGAUGUACCAAAAGUGAAUCCAGGAUUUUAUGCUUGUGUUGAUGCCAACUGCUCAGCUGUGAUGAUCUUUUGGAAACCAAUAGAUGAUGAGGAUAAAAAUGGCAUCAUAACAAAGUACAGGAUAAUAACAGAGAUAAAUGGAACACAAAGCCAAAAACAGGAAGUAGAAAAUCCCUCAGCGAUUGGGUAUAAGGUCCCAGUGGACAGACGAUUUGACACAAAGAUCAAAGUGAAUGUAGCUACAGAAGUAGGCUAUGCCGCUAAAAGUGACUCGUCUGUUAUUAUCCCUCCUUUUCAUAAUCGUCCCUCUUAUCCAGAAAAUAUUGUUGUAUAUUUUUCCACCUUGUUAAAGAUGUAUCAUCACCCAAAAUUCCAGAGUGACAAAAAAAUUAUGUAUGUUCUACCCUGGAUGUUUCCCAUACCAUCACAAUUUUUGGCUUUUUUUGGAGAAAUAAAUACUGAGAUAAUCCGUGUGGAGAAAGGACAAAGAGACUAUCAGAAAGAGUUGCAAGUUACCGACUCCUUUGAGAAGUUUGCUUUUGGUAUUUCAGUGGACGCUUAUAUGAUUAAGACGGGUCGCUUCAUCAGCAGUGGAAUUAAGUGGAGUCAGUGUGCUUACGCAGUGGAUGCUGUGCCUACGGAACCAGUGGACAUAGAUCCAGUGUUAAGUGAUGAAUCCAGCAACAAUACGAUGUUGUUUACAUGGAGUGGCUACAGCUGUAGGACUCACAGAGUGGGGCCUGUCCAAAACUUCACUGUGGCAGUCUGUGCUAUAGACAGCAAUGAAAAAUGUGAAGGGACACCAAUGACUAUUGUUCUGAGUGGAAACACAACCUCCUACAGAGUGACAAACCUGAUUGGUGGGGAACUGUACAAAAUAACAGUGACUGCUGCAUUUAAGGGAGGCAACUCACCCACAGCACAGUUCAAGUUCAAAUCUACAGCAUCACCUGUAUUAAAUUCUCCAAAUACAGGUGGUGCCGAGGGUGGCGCUCCGUGGGGAAUCAUUGCGGGGAUAGUGGCCGCUGUCAUUGCUGUGGUUAUAAUCAUUAUUGUUGCAUGGAAAAUAAGGCGUUGUUUAAAAACACCUGAUGUAGAAAUUGAAGUGCCUACCAUAAAAACCAAUGGAGAGAUAUCUAGACUCCCAGAGUCUGCGGUUACUGAACAUGUGCCUUUGCUUCAUUCUUCCGCGAACGAGUCAUCGACACCUCGAACCGUUCCAAAUGGAACAGCGAUACCCGCCCAGAUGCACGAUAAUUCUUACUACGAGUCCAGUGAGAAUUCCUCCAAAUACUAUGACCAGAAACACAGUGAUAAUAACACUGAGCAUUUAUACAUCCAGAGUGAUUCUGGAUUACUUGAAAGUCAGAAAUCCAGGUCACCUGGAACUUCACAAACUGCAGAGGAAAGUAAUUGUCCCCCUUAUGUGGGUCAAGGGUCGUCUUACAUCGACCACCAGGUGGCUCUGGGACUACAACCUAUUCAGCCCUCUGAGAGUGGUCUAGGUUCAUCUGCUUAUUGCCAUUCCGGAGAAAUUGACUCGUACACAAAAGCCGGUGACAUUAUUUGUUCUGUGAAUCCGACGGAUAACACUUCCAUGUAUAUUCCGGGUGGUGCAUCCGGACAGGAUCAGAGUAACACAUCAUCAAACAGUUUUGAUGAAUUUGGCUAUUGUAAGAAUUGAUUGUUCAUAGAUCUGUGUUAAUUAAGGUACCAUGUGAUUGGGUUUUUUUUAUACAUGUAUGUAAAAAUUUCAGAAAAAGGCAAAGGCAUUCCACUUUGAUCUGUCCAGGAUUACUUCUUCUCAGGGUUUUCAGCAGAUUUGUUGUUUUUUUAUAUGUAAAUAAAAAUGAUAAUCAGUCAUAUACAUGAUAUAAGAGUUAACCAUUUAGAAUAAUAUAUAUCCUAGAAAAUGCAGAAUUUAAGAGGUCAGAUUUCAUUUUAUUUAGUAAGACUUACUCAUUUUGAAAGAAAAAACAGAUUCGAGUUCAGUGUUCGUUUCUUUCAGUUUAAAUUCCACAUACAUAAACUUCAUUGUUAAUUUUUAAUGUAAAAUUGCCAUUCACCCUUGUACAGCGUAGUGGUUUUUUUAAAUCAUGAAUAUUUCUUGUCACAAGUUGUUAAUUUUAUUGUAUGUACGGGGUAUGUAAGUAAUAAAUUUUCUCAUUCACCAGAAAUUAGUUGCACUGAUUGAUUUAAAAGGGAUGAUUCAUUAAGUUUUUGUGGAUAAUUGUUUGAUUACAGUACGAACCACUGGAUACUGUAUUGCUUAUGAACUCUACCUGUAUAAGUGCUGUACAUAUAGAUUCCUAGAUAAAUUAAUUAUGGCAUAAUUUGUAAGAAGCAUAGCUCAUGAAUUAGCUAACAUUUAUUUUUAUGAUGCUGAAAUCCAUGUAAAAUAUCUUUGUAAACCGUCCACUUACGAUUUACUCUUCUUACUGAUGUGAAAGAGCCAUAUUUCGCAGCAAAAAAAAAAAAAAAGGGAAUCUACAGUACCAAUAAUUGGUUUUGCUUACUUACCUUGAAAACUAGUAUUUUUAUCAUUAGGAGAUGCUUUUUUAUGAUCUGUUAACUAUUUUUUGAGCUUAUAAGCUUACUUAUCUUUUACCGUUACAUUAUGUUUGUGUUAUUGAUUUAAAAAAUUCUAGUUGUGCCAUAAAAUUACCAGAAUAUAGUUAUACAUGUAUCUUUUCAUAUACACUUGCCAAAGAUAAAAAAAUAAACAACCAGUAUUUUCUUUUUUAGAACAUUUUGUAUAUAUAGUCUGAGUUUAGAAUUCACAAGGCCUUGUACCAAUAACUUAACAGAUUUGAAAAGUGCUACAUAUCAGAUGUCUUUUUGAUUUUUUUUUUUUGCAGUCAUAUAUAAAAAAGCAAUUAUAAAUUAUGUAUAAACUUAUGCUUAGUACUUUUUUUUUCUACAAUAGUUCCUAGGUAGAAGACACCAAAUUGGGGGGGACUACACACACCUGUCUUUGUUAGCAGAUUGAACACUUCAAAGUUUCUUGAUACAGGUAGAUUGGUUUGGUUGUGAUGGUUUCACAUGGAUGUGUACCAAUGUGUUCUGUUGCUUUUGCUAUUAUUGCUCAGGUGUAGUCUUUAUUGUUAUUAUGUUUACCCUUGUUAUACUAUAUAUGGCUGCAAUUAGGGUACCAAGUUUUGAAAAAUGCAUAGGAAUUUUUACAGAAGGAACAUUUCAAUAAUAUUUAUGAAAAUAGCAAUGAGAUUUUAUAGUGAGUAUGUACUUUGGAAUUUAAACACUGUAAUCUUUUAAAUCAGGUUGUGUUUGAAUACAUGUAUAUUAAUAAAUUUAAAUGAUUAACAUGCA